AUGGUGGCCAAAGCUGAUUUAGGCGCUAUUUUCAAGGUGAGCUAGAAAAGAGUACUGUACGGUACAGUAAUCCAUAAUUUUUCAGUACGUCAUGAUUGGUUUGGGUGUGUUGCAUUUAUUGAUUGGCAUUUUGGCAGUGGUGGAGUGUGUGAGGUGAGAACUACUGUAGAUUUGGUGGCUGUAGAUCAAGAUGCUGGAAGCAAUGAUUUCAAGUUUUGUAAUUUUUUUCUUGGAAUACUGUAGAUCACGUUUGACAGUACUUUAGUUUUUCUAAACUAAUCAUUGUCGAAGUUGAAAACUGUGGCUGCCGUAAAAAAAACAGUGCAGAGUCGCGUGCGGCUGUGCGUGGCGGUUAGGAAGCAAACGAAAUUUCGCGCCAAAAAAUAUUUAUUGAUUGCUUCCCGCGGCUUAUUGAUUGCCGACCGCGACGCACAUCUGCUCGCGACUGAAACAAGUAAUGUUUUUUCAUUCAUUCAACUCUGCACUGUGUUUUUUGUAACCGAACAAAACUCUGGGAUCGAUUCCUAGUGCCUGCGAACUAUUUUCUUUUUUUUUGCAGGGAAGGAGUGACGCUUGGUGAUAUUUUCCCGUCAGUAAAAGAUUCCUCGUUUAGUAUUUCAAUGCUUCCACCAACAUUUACUCCAUUUCUCGUCGGAGCAAUUUGCCUGGUUUUCGCAUUUAUUCCAAUUUAUUACAUCAUUAUUCCCAUAAUUCUUCUUGGUCUUAUCGAAAGUGGUCUUUUCUUAUGGACAAUGAUUAAAAUUUUUGAUUUUGAAAGUGAUCUCGCUAAAAUGAAAGAUCCACUCGCAAUCGCAUUUUUGUUAAUAUUGAUGCAAAUAUCUUUAGAGGAAAUGAAGGAUAGAAUGGAAACUCUCGAAGGUAUUUAUGUGUUCAAUAAAGUGAUUUGUGGAAUGGGAAUAUUUGUGGGAGUUGCGACAAUUGCAGUCGCUGCAUUUCUUGCUUUGUAAGCUCUUUUUGUUUUUUUGAUGCAAUUUACCCUUUUUUUUCCAGCAAACAUCGACCAGGCGGUGGUGGCAGUAGAUCGUUCAGCUCAACCGCAACCUCAUGA